AUGGCAGGCCAGCCGGCGACCGCCGCCAUUGUCGUGGCGGCCAUCUUUGGCGCUCUCGCCGUCCUCUUCUUCUCAUACCGCAUCUACCGCAAGGUGUGGAACCAUCGGCAUCGGGACCAGCUGCUGCCGCCGGUGCGAGAGCCACCUACGGCCUACUAUGGCCAGUCGGCGGUGACGCCCAUGGCCCAGGCGUCGCCCUACUCGUUCUUUGCCCAGGCCAACGGCACCGGCAGCAAGGGCAGCAGCAUCGCCGUCCCCUCGCCCAGCUACAACGGCGCAGCGACGCCAAACGAGCUGCCCUCGCCCUCGACGCCGGCGGCCGACCUCAACCUGACCGACGCAGGCCCAAUGCCGGAGCCGUACGACGCCCACGGCCGCGGCUAUUCGACCGUGUCGAGCUCGUCGUCGACCAUGACGCUGAAGCGCUCCUACGCCAGCGGCCUACCCAAGCCGUCGUCGGCGUCGGUGCACUCGGCGCUCAGCACGCCGUCGAUGGGCAGGAGGGAGUCGUACCUGCCCCACUCGCCGCUCAACCGCGACCAGAUCCAGAUUGUGCCGCCACAGCCGCUCGGCUUUGGCACGGGCGGCUUCGCCAUGGCCACCGACCAGAGGACGCUCGCCUUUAGCAAGAUGAGCGGCAUCGGCGCCGGCGAGGAUCUGACGAGCGGUCUGGUGUGGGCGGACAACAACGAGCCGCUUCACACGCCAGGGGGAACGGCAACAGCAUCAGCGCAACCACAUCAGCAGCCGCAUCAGCAGCAGCCGCGCGACGACUCGCGGCGCCCGUCCAAGGCGCAGCUGGGCGAGGACGAGAGGCGCAAGUACCUGCUCCAAGGGCCGGGAUCGCGGUCAGCGAGUCCAGCGCUGCCGCCGCCGGCCGCCUCACCUUCGCCAGCGUCGAGGAGGGCGUUAUCGCCCGGCGGAUCGAGCCUGGCGUCCAACUCGCGAGGCACCUCGGCGCUCAGCGACCGUUCCUCGAACUCGGACGACCCGUCGACGCGCGGCGAGCCGCGCCGACCUCCGCCCGGCAGCGGCAUCGACGCACGCGCCCUCGACGAGUCGAAGAGCCCGCUGCAGAGGGUGGUUUCGGAUCGGCUGCCGGUGCCGCACGCCCGCAUGCCCUCCGAGGUGCCCAGCGACGAGACCGACCACAGCGGCUCGCCCAUCCUCGGAGCCUUUCGCACGCUGAGCCCAGCGACCUCGAGGCCAUCGCCACAGCCUUCGCCUCAGCGGUCGGCGCGGCCGUCUCCACCAGAUACGGGCGCAGGAGUCAGGGUUCUCCCGCCGCCGCCGCCGCCGCCGGUGGCAUAG